AUGGGCAGCUUCCUGGGCAAGCCGGGUCCCUCGGCGUCCCCAGCCUCCGCGCCCGCCGAUUCGCCAGAGAGGCCUCGGAUCCGCCGGCCGGCCCCGCCGCUCUGCCACGUCCAGCGGGUCCAGUACAUCCAUCGCGCCCACCCUGCCCCACGGCGCAGGCCCGCAAGGAGGCCGCCGAACUGGGACCCUGCCCAUCCUUCGAGGGGUGUCAACGAGGCAUGGAGGCGCUUUCCCAUGAACAGGUUCCAGAAUUCCGUCAUGGGGCCUCUUCCCUCAGAUUGGUGGGAAAGCUACCUCAAGCGCACCAUUUGGUCUCUUCGGCACCCUCGGGCGGUGUGGAGCCCGGUGACCGUCAAGAUCUCUCCUCCUGGGCAGAGAGCGCCCCCGUCCGUUUCCUCGGCAGGCGUGAUCGCCUCCGCAGGACCCUCGGAGGUGCCGCCAGACCCGUGCGCAAAGGAGACGGUGCUGAGGGCGCUCCGGCAGUGCAGGAGAGGGAGCGCCAGGGUGCGAGAACCGCCGCUGCCCCGGAGCUCCGACGCGGAGAGGAGUCGCGAGAUCAGGCCAUCCGCCUUUAAGCCGCUGGCAAAACAGCCAGCCAGCGCUUAUCUUGUCCCCAGGCCUGGGCUUCUGAAAAGGAGCUUCCACUCCUGGAGCUCCGGUCACAGCUUGAGGAGGUCGGGUUGCUGCUCUGAGAGCUGCUCUGCUGGCAGACGCACGGGAGGCCCCCUUUGUGCCAAAAGAAAUGCCAUUAGCAGCUCUUAUAGUUCUUCCAGAGAUUUCACAGAGCCGUGGAGGAGAAGUUUUCCCAGUACAUCAAUCCAGACACCAGAGUGGCCGGUUAAAAGGAAAGAGAAAGGUCACCAGUAUCUCUCUCCAGUCCCACUGGUGUCAGACUCUGGGUCCCCGGGAGCACCUGACAGUGGUGAGCAGCACCGUCUGAAGGUUCCACUGCUGUUCUCUCGCCCUGGUAACCUGCUGUCCACCAGUUCAGCUCCCCAGCUCGGUUGUGCAGGCGCUGGCAAGGCCCUUGCCUUGGGGAAGGAAGCUGGGCCCCAGUGGGGUGACAAGACCAGAGAGAAUACAGCCCUGGCGUGGGCUGGCAGUCCACAUUCCCUGCCUUUCACGGUGCCUCCUCCAGAGGCAGCAGCUACCACUAGCAUGCAUCAACUGGACAUCUUGAAGAUGCAGAAGUCUCCAGGUCCACUGGCCUUCCCAGGGUCUCCUGGAGAGGCAACCCAUGUGGCACAGUGCUCUCAGAAGACACCCAGCCUGCCUGCCUUAGCUGGAUGCUCACACUCAGAGCCCCCUCCAGAGACCUCUACAGACGCAAAGCCCACCGCUACUUGCAUCCUGCUGACCCCAGCCUCUCCCACAUCACCAGCCACUGACACCGCCGGCCUUCCUUCAAUCCCUCAGGCUGACAGGUCUGCCAUGCCCCUGGACCCUCCUGUGGUUACCCUAGCAGCACCCACCUUGCAAGUUGCCACUCACAACCACGAGAGUGGAGCCCGGGGCUCAGUGUUUGGCAGCACAGCGCCACGGCCUUUUGCCUUUGGGGGAUUAGUGACCCCUAUGGACUGUGGGGAGUCCGGGGUCCUUGUGUCCAGUCCAGAUUCUGGAGGAAGAUCCUUUGUAUCUGCAGGCUGGGGAGCCUGGGGGAUGGUGUUUUACUUCCUGGGCAGUGGGAAGUUGCCUCUGGCGCGGGUGCUUAGGACGGAGAGGUUGAAACCCCGAGAGGCCGCAGGCGAAGACCCUGCCUGCAGUUUGUGUGAGUCACUUUCAAACCGCCUGUGGCCAGGCGGGGUCGGCUCUUGGAGAGAGGAGCGCAAGGCCCAGGUUUCCUCGUUUGUGUCUGAGAAUCAUCUUCUCCCUGACGCCUUGUCGGUGCAAGGUCUUUGCAGGGGUGACAGUUCCACCCGCUCCUGUCCUCCGCCGGCCCUGGAGCACAGGGUGACUCCGCGAGGAGCGAGCAGCUGCCCUCAGCACUCGCCCGAUGAGAGGGGCGGGACGAAAGCCCCACGACCGGAGCUGGACGGCUGCCGAGGAGGGUUUCUCGGGACCAGGGCUCGGCGCCUCCACCGGGGCGGUCCGCUCAAGGCCGGUGGCUACUGGCCGCAGGAGUCCAGCCCCACGCCCCGGGCGUCCAGGCGCUGUGCCCUGUUGGGCUCGCAGCUCACGCUCCAUCGGGGCUGUGGUGAGAUCUGGAAGGUGUGCAGAGGCCGCCGGGCCGACCUGUUGACGAGCUCUCCUCCCUCGUGUCUUCACCAUCGGCGACAGGAGGCUGGUUUCGGGGGUGUUCGGGAGGACGAAAUAAAAUCGAACACAUUUUAA